GGUAUCAAAGUUCUAAGUUUUAAUCCUCACUCUUCCGCAACCUCCCUUCGUCUUCUUCCUGUUGCAUUUUUUUCCUUCUCUUUUCUCUUCUCUAUGGCUGAGUCCAAAUCAUCCUUUCACCCUGCUCUUGCUGAACUCUUCAAAAUUCACGCACGAUCUCACAAAGUCAUAGACCAUAUUAUUCCUCCAGCAAAAGGCAAGGAGAAGCCUCCUAAGACAGAGGAGGAGAUGGAACUGUGGGUUACCCUCGAUGCCACGGUACUCCAAUGGAUCUAUGUCACUAUCUCUCAAGAUUUGCUACAUACAAUUCUUGAACCCGACACCAUGGCGAUGGAGGCUUGGAAUAGGCUGCGUGAUAUAUUUCAAGAUAAAAAAUACUCUCGUGCCGUCACACUUGAGUACGAUUUCACUCACACUGAAAUGAAACAAUUUCCCAAUGUGUCCGCGUACUAUCAACAUCUCAAGUCCUUGUCGGAUCAACUCAAGAAUGUUAGCUCUCCGGUGGUAAAUGACCGACUGGUUCUCCAAUUGCCAUAUAAUGGUGUGUCCACACUCAUCCGUCAAAGCGAUCCUUUGCCCCAAUUUUAUCAAGCUCGCUCGAUGCUUGUUCUUGAAGAGGCUGGUCUCAAGAAGACGAUCAAAAUACUUUUUCUAUUAUGGUUGCUCAUGAUUCGGACAAUUCUCAUAAAUCUGUUGAUCAAUCGCCCUCACGACGCCAUAAUGCAGGUGGUAAACGGCCUCAAAAUCGUGGACAUUCUGGUAAGAAUAGAAAUUCCAGUGGGGGUAGAGGAAAAGGCAAUUUCGACGGUGGCUCAGUGGGCUGUAUCCCUAUGUUCACUUCCUACUGGACAAUGGGCUAGGCCCAACAUGAAUUUCCGACAGCAGCGCCAAAAGCCACAAACUGGUAUUCUUGGGCCCCGUCCUCAGCAAGCUUACUCGGCUACAGCUCCUCCUCCAACAGAUUUCGAGGCUGCAAUGCACACCCUUAGUAUUACUCCUCCGGAUGCAAACUCGUACAUGGACACCGACGCCACUUCUCAUAUGACAUCCGGAUAA